ACUACAACAGAGGACAUGUUUCACUCCGGAAAAGGUUGUAUAAUGAUAAAAGACAAAAAAAACUUCACCAUAGUGCUGCUCAGGAUGUGAUACACUAUGCCUUCCUGGGAGAGACAAGCAUGCCAGAGAAAAACUUUAUCUGCAUGUGCGAUUACUUCUCUUGUUCUUUUGGUGGAACUGCUAAUAUUUGUUGUCAUAUAUCAGUCAGUAAGCUGGCAGGAUAUUGUUGGAGAGGAUCUGACCUAUGACCUGAAUGACGACAUGUAUGACAACUGCAGGUCCAAAGCUAUGGUUGUGACUGAUAAAGCCAUAAUGCAGACAAUGGAUACCAGCACAAACUUCAGUCAAGCCUGGAGCAACGCAGAGCAAAACGCUGAGGAGCCUGUACACAACUACAUGGAGAAACAUCAUUCAGUUGCCUUAUACAUGUACACAAAUGUUAUAAUGCAACCUGUCAAGCGGGCUCUUGAUACUGCAGAAAUAACUGGAAAACAACUAAAAGACACAUUAAAGUCCCGCUCCCUUUAUUUUUCCCUUAGUAAAGCCAUUCAGAUUCUAAAGCACAGUCAGGUGACAUGUCUAAGUACAAAUUACAGAAUAGAGGCACUUUUAAAUGUGAAUAUCUCUAACAAACUGAUUCGGUUCAGCACUUUCAUAAUAGGAAGUGACGGGUGGAACUUCACAAGGAACGCUUCAUGCUUUGAAGUAUACACAUGUUUUGGUGCUGACAUAACAUAUUACUCAGCCUUGAAACAAAACAACCAGGUGCUGAUUCCCCCCUAUGAGGUUUUUAAAGUCACUGACAUCGAGACCGAAGCACAGAGGUGUAAAGUCGUCUACAGACUUAAGAGCAACCUGAACUGCGUUUAUGAUAGAGAAAGCAAUACGUUGCAUCUAAUAUCUGCAUUGCCAGUGGAUGGAUUCUGGGUCAUUUUUACCAUCACUUGUAUGAUUAUUGUAUGUCUUUUGCUACCCUUUAUCAUUAUGAAAGUGUUAGAAAACCACAAGAAAACUGCGGUUUACUGUGCUUCAUCUUUGCCAAACAGCAUUUACUGUCCCACUAGAGCUGUCAUAUAAAGGACAAGGUUUCAUUUUAAAUAAAGAUGAGCUUUAUAAUUGGCAGCAAUCAAACUGUGGCCUGGAGUGGGCUGAUAUUUCUUAAACUUUAUGAAUAGGAAAAGAGGAAAAUAUGGUUAAAAUAUACCCAACUAACAUACUUGCUAUUAAUACAUUUAAUAAUACAUUCAUUUCAUUAUGUAAUAUUUACAAAUGGUGUUGGUCAUUGUCUUAUGAUGUCCACAUUUCAGUCAACAUUGCCAUGCUGUAGUUCCAAGUUCUCUGUUACUCAGUUCAUAAAACGUUUAAACCUGUUGCAACUCCUAGCAGGGUGUGGUCUGAGCAAUACAAGUAGAAAGGGCUUCCAAAAAGGAUCAGUGAAAUAAGCAUAUUGGGCCAUCAAAUUAGUAAUCAGUUUAAAGAACGGUCCAAAGGCACAUGGAAUGUAAUUUCACCGUCAUACAUCAUACUUGAUAUCACAAAAAAUUUGAAAAAGGUCAUUAGUAUUUUAUCAUUAAUACAAAAAUACAUUUGAGGCCCUGUCAUGUAUUGACAGUUACUAGUGGGAUUCAGUGAUGCUCUAAUGUCAAAAUAGCAAAAUAAGGUCUUUUCUAAUCGAGGGCUGGUGUGUAAUUCACACAUAUUCAUAGAUUGAAUAUCAUGAUUCAGAGCUGCUUUAAAUACACUUGGGUCGAAUGAGCAGCAUUUAAAGGAACAUUGUAACUGUCUGAUCAAAUGGACCGGUCUAAAAGCUGGCCCCUGACUUCUGAAAAAAAACUGAAACUGCACUGAAACUGACUCAACAAAACAAAUAAAUUGUCUGGAUUAUGGCCAUUUGGA